AAAAACUCUGUACAACAAAUCUACACAACAUUUAAUGGAAUAUUAUUUAAUUUCUCUAAGCUAAAUACCUUGAAGUUAUAUUACAAUUGAUCAAUUGCAAAUAGAAAACGUAUAAAAGAAAAAGGUUUCAAUUUUAAGAAGCUGUGUCAUGGGAGGCUUGACGGCGGCCAGUUUAAAAUGGCUGUCCGCUUUCAUAUGUGUAGUUUUAAUAUUCGCCUGCAAAGUAAAAGCUGCUGAUGAUGUUUUUUCAUGUCCAAAUGGUUGGGAAUUACGUGGUUUACAUUGUUAUAAAUAUUUUAAUAUAAAACAUUCUUGGGAGAAAAGUGCUGAAUUAUGUAGAAGGUAUGGCGCUGAGUUGGUGGCCAUUGACACAUUUGCCGAAAAUAAUGAUACAUUAACGAUAGCCCGCUCCAAUGAUCCCAAUCAUAGGGCCUCCGAUAAAUAUUGGCUGGGUUUGGCCUCUUUGGAUGAACUGAGAACCAAUACCUUGGAAUCGGCUUCGGGAGCUUUAAUCUCACAAUACUCGGGUUUCUGGUCUUUACAUCAACCCGAUCCUAUGUCUGGUGAAUGUGUAGCAGCCACAUUUGCUUCCACAUUCCAAUCUUGGGAUUUGGGCACCUGCGAAAGUUUAUUGCCCUUCAUGUGCCGUUCCUCGGCUUGUCCGGCCAACUCUAUACACUGUGCCAAUGGCAAGUGCAUCAAUCAAAGUUUCAAGUGUGAUGGCUCUGAUGAUUGUGGUGAUGGUUCUGAUGAAUUGGAUUGUGCCGCUCAGUGUCACUAUCAUAUGCAGUCGGGUGGUGAUGUCAUAGAGAGUCCUAAUUAUCCUCAUAAGUACGGUGCUCUCUCCAAAUGCAAAUGGACUUUGGAAGGUCCCUUGGGCAGCAAUAUUAUUUUGCAGUUCCAGGAUUUCGAAACGGAAAAAACUUUUGAUACUGUGCAGAUUUUGGUAGGCGGACGCACGGAAGACAAAUCGGUUUCAUUGGCCACUUUGAGUGGUAAGCAGGACUUAACUACUCAACCUCUAGUCUCGGCCUCGAAUUUCAUGAUUGUUAAAUUCACCACUGAUGGCAGUGUGGAACGUAAGGGUUUCCGUGCCACCUGGAAAACUGAAGCUAAAAGCUGUGGUGGCACUUUGAAGGCCACUCUGCAACGUCAAACCUUAACCAGUCCCAAUUAUCCCAAACAAUAUCCCGGCGGUUUGGAGUGCCUUUAUAUUAUUAAGGCUCAAGCUGGUCGCAUAAUUUCCAUUGAAGUCGAUGAUUUGGAUAUAAAUGAGGGUCGCGAUUAUCUGCUUAUACGUGAUGGUGAAUCACCCAUGAGUCGUCCCAUUGCUAAACUUACCGGCAAAACCAGCAACAAUGAUAAGGUUAUUAUCUCCACCGGCAGUGCUUUGUAUUUGUAUUUCAAGUCCAGCUUGGGAGAUUCUGGCAAGGGUUUCAGUUUGAGAUAUAUACAAGGUUGCAAGGCCACUAUUACAGCUCGUAAUGGCACCGUAACUUCACCCGCUUUCGGUCUGGCUGACUAUCCCAAGAACCAGGAGUGUUUCUUUACCAUACGCAACAGCAUGGGCUCGCCUUUGUCUUUGAAGUUUGACAAGUUUAUUGUACACAAAAGCGAUAAUGUUCAGGUGUUUGAUGGUUCGUCUACCUCAGGUCUUCGUUUGCAUUCGGGUAAUGGUUUUACCGGCACCACAGCACCAAAACUUACCCUAACCGCUUCCUCCGGAGAAAUGCUUAUCAAAUUUACUUCCGAUGCUUUGCAUAAUGCUGCUGGAUGGUCUGCUACCUUCUCAGCUGAUUGCCCCGAGUUGAAACCUGGUAUUGGUGCUUUGGCCUCCAGCCGUGAUACUGCUUUUGGCACAGUUGUUACCUUUACUUGUCCCAUAGGCCAGGAGUUUGCCACCGGCAAAAGUAAAAUCGUUACUGAAUGUAUGAAGGGUGGUAACUGGAGUGUGUCCUAUAUACCCAAAUGUCAAGAGGUAUAUUGCGGUCCUGUACCCCAAAUAGACAAUGGCUUCUCAAUUGGCUCAUCAAAUGUCACCUAUCGCGGUGUAGCCAUGUAUCAAUGUUAUGCUGGUUUUACAUUUAGCACUGGAGCUCCCAUUGAAAAGAUCUCCUGUUUGCCCGAUGGCCGCUGGGAACGUAAACCCACUUGCAUGGCUUCCCAAUGUCCUCCCUUGCCUGAAGUGCCACAUGCUAAUGUUACGCUCUUAAAUGGUGGUGGUCGUAGCUACGGCACCAUUGUUCAAUUUGAAUGUGAACCUGGCUAUGAACGCAAUGGUCAUCCAGUCUUAAUAUGCAUGUCCAAUGGUACCUGGAGUGGUGAUACACCACGUUGCUCCCGCAAACGUUGCUUCGAAUUCCCCAAGAUUGAAAAUGGUUUUGUGGUUGAUUCCGAUCGUCCCUACUACUUCGCGGAUGAUGCUAGAGUUCAGUGUUUUAAGGGUUACAAGCUAAUUGGCAGCAAUAUUAUUCGUUGCAAUACUGAUCAAGUUUUCGAAAAUCCUCCUACCUGCGAAGAUAUCAAUGAAUGUACAUCAACCCAAUGUGAUUUGGCAACUACAGAAUGUGCAAAUACAGCUGGUUCCUUCCAUUGCAAGUGUCGCUCUGGCUUUGCUCCUACAACUGAGUGUCGUCCAGUAGGUGAUUUGGGUCUUAGCAAUGGUGGUGUUCCUGACGAGAGUAUUAUGACUUCACCCAGUGAAGAAGGUUUUUCAAAGGGCAUGGUACGCUUAACAUCAGGCGGUUGGUGUGGCGCUUCUGCUGAACCUGGAGCAAAUUGGAUUUUGAUUGAUCUCAAAGCACCCACUAUUUUGCGUGGUUUCCGUACCACCUCGGUUCAGCGCAUUGAUGGCAAUAUUGCCUUUACCUCGGCUGUAAGACUUCAAUACAGUGAUGAUUUGACCGAUAGUUUCAAAGAUUAUACCAAUCCCGAUGGCACUGCCGUAGAAUUUAGAAUCCUCGAACCUACCCUAUCAAUUCUGAACCUUCCUAUGCCCAUUGAAGCCCGCUAUGUUCGUUUCCGCAUUCAAGAUUAUGUUGGUGCUCCCUGCAUACGCAUGGAGGCUAUGGGCUGUACUCGUCUUGAUUGUGUAGACAUCAACGAAUGCUCCAAGAAUAAUGGUGGAUGUGAUCAAAAGUGUGUCAAUUCUCCCGGAAGUUUUGCUUGUGCUUGUAAUACUGGCUAUCAACUUUAUACCACCAAUAAUACUGCUGGCUUCCCUGUUGAGAAAUCAGAAACUGGCGAACGUGAUGGCGAUAUCUAUCAACGUAAUAAGACCUGUGUACCCGUCAUGUGCCCAACUCUCUUGGAACCAGAAAAUGGUAAACUGUUAACCGAUAAAAAUGAUCAUCAUUUUGGUGAUAUUGUCAAGUUCCAGUGUAAUUUCGGUUACAUAAUGCAAGGCAGUUCAUCAUUGUUGUGCUUAUCGAGUGGUCAAUGGAAUGGCACAGUACCCGAGUGUAAUUAUGCCAAAUGCGUUUCAUUGCCUGAUGACAAAUUGGAAGGCUUAUCCGUAGUUCGCCCUGAACCUGAAUCUGUUUUGGUGCCAUUCCGCGAUAAUGUUACUAUUACUUGCAACUCUGCUGGUCGUCAGUUAAGAUCUACUGCCUCAUCUGGAUUCCGUCAAUGUGUUUACGAUCCCAAACCUGGUCUACCCGAUUACUGGUUAUCUGGUUCUCAACCAUCUUGUCCUCGUGUAGAUUGUUAUGACCCUAUGCCAACACCUGGCGCUGAAUAUGGCCAAUUUGUUGAUACCCGUUUCCAAAGCAAUUUCUUCUUUGGUUGCCAAAACACCUUCAAAUUAGCUGGUCAAACUUCUCAUCACGACAAUGUUGUACGUUGUCAAUCUGAUGGUAUUUGGGACUUUGGAGAUUUGCGUUGUGAAGGCCCCGUUUGUGAAGAUCCUGGUCGUCCCAGUGAUGGUCGUCAAAUUGCCAAGAGCUAUGAACAGGGAUCUGAAGUAUUCUUUGGCUGCAACCGUCCCGGUUAUAUUCUUAUUAAUCCAAGACCUAUUACCUGUAUGCGUGAGCCAGAGUGCAAAGUCAUCAAGCCUUUGGGUUUGACUUCAGGAAAAAUACCAGAUUCUGCCAUUAAUGCCACCUCAGAGCGUCCCAACUAUGAAGCCAAAAAUAUUCGUCUCAACUCAGCUACUGGUUGGUGUGGCAAGCAAGAAGCUUUCACUUAUGUCAGUGUAGAUUUGGGUCAAAUCUAUCGUGUUAAGGCCAUUCUUGUCAAGGGUGUUGUAACCAACGAUAUUGUUGGUCGUCCCACCGAAAUUCGUUUCUUCUACAAACAAGCCGAAAAUGAAAACUAUGUGGUUUAUUUCCCCAACUUUAACUUGACCAUGCGUGAUCCUGGUAAUUAUGGUGAACUUGCCAUGAUAACUCUGCCAAAAUAUGUGCAAGCCCGCUUUGUUAUCUUGGGUAUUGUCAGUUAUAUGGACAAUGCUUGUUUGAAAUUUGAAUUGAUGGGCUGUGAAGAACCCAAAAAGGAACCAUUGCUAGGUUAUGAUUAUGGUUACUCACCUUGUGUUGACAACGAACCACCCAUUUUCCAAAAUUGUCCUCAACAACCCAUCAUUGUAAAACGUGAUGAUAAUGGCGCUAUACUGCCUGUCAAUUUCACGGAACCUACUGCUGUCGAUAAUUCGGGUUCAAUUGCUCGUUUGGAAGUUAAACCUCAAAACUUUAAGACACCUUCGUAUAUUUUCAAGGAUACAGUUGUGAAAUAUGUGGCAUUCGAUUACGAUGGCAAUGUGGCCAUUUGUGAAAUUAAUAUAACAAUUCCCGAUGUCACUCCACCACUAUUGCAAUGUCCUCAAAGUUAUGUUAUUGAGUUGGUGGAUCGCCAGGAAAGCUAUGAUGUCAACUUUAACGAUACUCGCAAACGUAUCAAGACCUCUGAUGAGUCAGGUGAAGUGCGUUUGACUUUCACACCAGAACGUGCAAGAAUUACCAUUGGAGCUUUUGAAAAUGUUACUGUUACCGCUACAGAUAAGUUCAACAACAAGGCCUUCUGUAACUUCCAAGUCUCAGUGCAAGCUUCUCCCUGUGUUGACUGGGAACUACAACCUCCGGCAAAUGGUGCCAUUAACUGUUUACCUGGAGAUAGUGGCAUCGAGUGUAUAGCUACUUGUAAAUCUGGUUUCCGCUUUACAGAUGGAGAACCUAUUAAGACCUUUUCUUGCGAAACAUCACGCUUAUGGAAGCCUACAUCGGUUGUACCUGAUUGUGUGUCAGAAAAUACUGAACAAGCUGAUUACCAAGUAACUGCCUCGGUGACAUAUCGUGCUAAUGGUGCUGUUGCUCAAUCUUGUCUUGGCAAAUAUCAGGAUGUAUUGUCUCAACAUUAUGCCGGCCUUAAUCAACUACUUUCGCAACGUUGCUCAGCUGUUAAUGUUAACAUGAAUGUUACUUUCCUGAAGUCAGUGCCCAGUUUAUUGGAUGAAAAUGUUGUUAACAUGGACUUUAUAUUGUCGAUCUUACCAGCCAUCAGACAACCACAAUUGUAUGCACUUUGUGGUUCCACUUUGAAUUUGAUUUUCGACUUGAGUGUUCCAUAUGCCAGUGCUGUUAUCGAUUCUCUCUUGAACAUUUCCAAUAUUGGCAAUCAAUGUCCCCCACUUCGUGCUUUGAAGAGUAAUAUUUCUCGUGGCUUUACUUGUAGUGUGGGUGAAGUUUUGAAUAUGGAUACCAGCGAUGUACCCAGAUGUUUACAUUGUCCUGCUGGUACUUAUGUAGCUGUUGGCCAAAAUAUCUGCACAUACUGCCCACGUGGUUACUAUCAGAAUCGUGACCGUCAAGGAACCUGCCUACGUUGUCCUGCUGGAACUUAUACCAAAGAAGAAGGAUCAAAAUCUUUGAAUGAUUGUGUGCCGGUAUGCGGUUAUGGUACCUAUUCUCCUACUGGUUUAGUACCCUGUUUGGAAUGUCCUCGCAAUUCAUUUACCACCGAUCCUCCAACUGGUGGCUUCAAAGACUGCCAAGCCUGUCCUCAAAACAUGUUCACCUUCCAACCUGCCGCUUCUAACAAAGACUUAUGUAGACAAAAGUGUGCUCCUGGUACUUACUCAUCGACCGGCCUAGCUCCUUGUUCACCUUGUCCAGUUAAUUUCUACCAGAGCAAUGUUGGCUCACAAACCUGUAACGAAUGUCCUUCGAACAUGCGCACCGAUGGUCCUGGUACUAAAGGUCGUGAAGAAUGUAAACCUGUUAUUUGUGGAGAAGGAGCCUGUCAACAUGGAGGUCUGUGUGUGCCAAUGGGACAUGGAGUUCAAUGUUUCUGUCCAGCCGGCUUUUCUGGUAAACGCUGCGAAAUCGAUAUCGAUGAAUGUGCUUCACAACCUUGUUAUAAUGGUGGCUCAUGUACUGAUUUACCACAAGGUUAUCGCUGCGAUUGUCCAGCUGGAUACUCUGGUAUCAAUUGUCAGGAGGAAGUAAGUGAUUGCUCGGAAAAUACCUGCCCAGCUCGUGCAAUGUGCAAGAAUGAACCAGGCUUCAAAAACUUUACUUGUCUGUGCCGCAGUGGCUACACUGGUGAAGAUUGUGAUGUCACUAUUGAUCCUUGCACUGCCAAUGGAAAUCCCUGCUCAAAUGGUGCCAGCUGUAAGGCUUUGCAACAAGGUCGUUACAAAUGUGAAUGUUUACCAGGUUGGGAAGGUUUCAAUUGUGAAACAAAUAUAGAUGAUUGUGCCGAAAAUCCAUGUCUUUUGGGUGCAAACUGUACGGAUUUGGUUAAUGAUUUCCAAUGCGCAUGUCCUCCUGGCUUUACGGGCAAACGUUGCGAAGAGAAGAUAGACUUGUGUCUGUCGGAACCCUGCAAACAUGGUACUUGUGUGGACCGUCUGUUUGAUCAUGAGUGUGUGUGUCAUCCUGGAUGGUCUGGUCCAUCAUGUGAUAUUAAUAUAGAUGAUUGUGCUGAUCGCCCUUGUGCUAACGAUGGAACUUGUGUUGAUUUGGUGAAUGGCUAUAGUUGUACUUGUGAACCUGGUUACACCGGCAAGAAUUGCCAGCAUACAAUUGAUGAUUGUGAAUCGAACCCUUGUCAAAAUGGAGCUACCUGUGUUGAUCAAUUGGAUGGUUUUACUUGCAAGUGCCGUCCAGGCUAUGUCGGUUUAAGCUGUGAAGCUGAAAUUGAUGAGUGCUUAAGUGAUCCUUGCAAUCCAGUGGGCACAGAACGUUGCUUGGAUUUGGACAAUAAAUUCGAAUGCGUUUGUAGAGAUGGUUUCACUGGUGAACUCUGCGAAACAGACAUUGAUGAUUGCGCCAGCAAUCCCUGUAUGAAUAAUGCCCAAUGCCGUGAUCGUGUUGGAGGAUUCGACUGUGUGUGUCAAGAAGGCUGGAGUGGUUUGCAUUGUGAAACACAAAUCACCACAUGUAAUACCGUGCUGCCUUGUCAAAACAAUGCCAACUGUAUCGAUUUGUUCCAAGACUACUUCUGCGUUUGUCCUAGUGGCACUGAUGGUAAAAACUGCGAAACUGCUCCAGAACGUUGUAUUGGUAAUCCAUGUAUGCAUGGUGGUAAAUGUCAAGAUUUUGGCUCUGGCUUGAACUGUACCUGCCCCAUGGACUAUUCGGGUAUUGGUUGUCAAUAUGAAUUCGAUGCCUGUGAUGCUAAUGUUUGCCAAAAUGGAGCCACUUGCAUUGAUAUUGGUGAAGGUUAUACAUGUGCCUGUCCUAAAGGAUUUACUGGCAAGAACUGCGAAGAAGAUAUCAUUGACUGCAAAGACAAUUCAUGUCCUCCUGGCGCCACCUGUGUCGAUUUAACCAACGGCUUCUAUUGUCAAUGUCCUUUCAAUAUGACCGGAGACGAUUGCCGCAAGACAAUUCAAGUUGACUAUGAUCUUUACUUCAGUGAUGCUUCACGUUCUACUGCUGCUCAAGUUGUACCCUUCUUUACGGGUGAAUCUUCCAGCCUUACAAUUGCCAUGUGGGUACAAUUUGCUCAAAAGGAUGAUACUGGAAUCUUUUUCACCUUGUAUGGUGUGGAAUCUCCCAAUAUGGCCAGCAAUCGUCGCCUUAUGUUACAAGCUCAUUCCAGUGGUGUACAAGUUUCUUUGUUCGCUGACUUCCAAGAUGUAUUCCUUUCCUUUGGCGAAUAUACUUCGGUCAAUGAUGGCCAAUGGCAUCAUGUAGCUAUUGUAUGGGAUGGAGUCACCGGUCAGUUGCAGCUUAUUACCGAAGGUCUUAUCGCCAGCAAGGUAGAAUAUGCUCAAGGUCAUGCAUUGCCACAAUUCUUGUGGUCUGUGCUCGGUCGUCCACAACCUGAUGAUUCGAAAUAUGCUGUAUCUUAUUCGGAAACUGGCUUCCAAGGAACUGUUACCAAAGCUCAGGUAUGGGCUCGUGCCUUAGAUAUUACUUCGGAAAUCCAGAAACAAGUACGUGACUGCCGUUCCGAACCAGUGCUGUACAAUGGUCUAAUCUUGAAUUGGUCUGGUUAUGAACACACCUCUGGUGGUGUUGAACGUACCGUACCCUCAAUGUGUGGUCAACGCAGAUGUCCCAAUGGUUAUACUGGACCUAACUGCCAACAGUUGCAAGUUGACAAGGAACCACCAGUAGUCGAACACUGUCCUGGAGAUUUGUGGGUUAUUGCCAAGAAUGGUUCUGCCGUUGUUACUUGGGAUGAACCUCACUUUAGCGAUAAUAUUGGUGUAACGAAAAUAGUCGAACGUAAUGGCCAUCGUCCUGGUACCACACUUUUGUGGGGCUCUUACGAUAUAACUUAUAUCGCCUCAGAUGCCGCUGGCAAUACAGCUUCCUGCAGUUUCAAGGUUUCAUUAUUGACUGAAUUCUGUCCUCCCUUGGCCGAUCCUGUGGGUGGUGCACAAGUUUGCAAAGAUUGGGGUGCCGGUGGCCAGUUUAAGGUAUGUGAAAUUGCCUGUAAUCCUGGCUUGAGAUUCUCCGAAGAAGUUCCUGAAUUCUAUACUUGUGGUGCUGAAGGCUUUUGGCGACCAACUCGUGAUACUUCUAUGCCUCUUGUGUAUCCCUCAUGUUCUCCUUCUAAACCUGCCCAACGUGUGUUCCGCAUUAAAAUGCUCUUCCCCUCGGAUGUGCUUUGCAACAAGGCCGGUCAAGGAGUACUUAGACAAAAGGUUACCAACUCUGUUAAUUCUCUUAAUCGUGAUUGGAACUUCUGUUCGUAUUCUGUGGAGGGAACUAGGGAGUGCAAGGAUAUUCAAAUCGAUGUCAAGUGUGAUCACUAUCGCGGCGGUCAAAGUAACCGUAAUAAACGCCAAGUCAAGGAUGGUGGAGUUUAUGUUUUAGAAGCUGAAAUUCCAGUAUUGAACGACGCCGAUGAACCAGACACACGUGGUCGACAAGGACGCCAACAAACUGGCGGCGACACAUACACGCUGGAAAUUUCUUUCCCGGCAGUGAACGAUCCCGUGAUACACACUUCCUCGGGAGAACGUUCCACCGUUAAGACUUUGUUGGAGAAACUUAUUUUGGAGGAUGAUCAAUUUGCUGUGCAGGAUAUAUUGCCCAAUACUGUACCUGAUCCAGGUUCUUUGGAGCUGGGCUCUGAAUAUGCUUGCCCUGUGGGCCAAGUUGUCAUGAUACCCGAUUGUGUUCCCUGUGCUAUUGGCACUUUCUACGAUACCACCAACAAGACUUGUAUUGCCUGUGAACGCGGCACCUAUCAAUCUGAAGCCGGCCAAUUGCAAUGCAGCAAGUGUCCUGUUAUAGCUGGUCGCCCUGGCGUUACUGCUGGACCAGGAGCUCGCUCGGCAGCCAAUUGCAAAGAACGCUGUCCUGCUGGCAAAUACUUUGACUCUGAAACCGGUUUGUGCAGACCUUGUGGUCAUGGCUUUUAUCAACCCAAUGAAGGUUCCUUUGGCUGUGAAUUGUGUGGUUUGGGACAAACUACACGUUCGGCUGAAGCUACAUCACGCAAAGAAUGCCGUGAUGAAUGUUCUUCGGGCAUGCAGCUGGGUGUGGAUGGUCGUUGUGAACCCUGUCCUCGUGGUACUUAUCGCCUGCAAGGAGUACAACCUUCUUGUGCUGCCUGUCCUUUGGGUCGCACUACACCCAAGGUGGGCUCCAAAUCAGUGGAAGAAUGUACCUUACCCGUUUGCUCACCCGGUACCUAUCUCAAUGGUACCCUCAACAUGUGUGAAGAAUGUCCCAAGGGCUUCUAUCAAUCCGAGUCUCAACAAACUACUUGCAUACACUGUCCACCCAACCAUAGUACUAAGAUUACCGGCGCCACCUCUGCUUCAGAAUGUACAAAUCCCUGUGAACAAAUUGCCGAAGGCAGACCGCAUUGCGAUCCAAAUGCCUAUUGCAUAUUGGUGCGCGAAACCAAUGACUUCAAGUGUGAGUGUAAACCAGGCUUUAAUGGCACUGGCAUGGAGUGUACUGAUGUGUGCGAUGGUUUCUGUGAAAAUCAAGGCAACUGUGUCAAGGACUUGAAGGGUACACCUUCCUGUCGCUGUGUGGGUUCAUUUACUGGACCUCAUUGUGCCGAACGUUCCGAAUUUGCCUACAUAGCUGGUGGUAUUGCCGGUGCCGUUAUCUUCAUCAUAGUCAUAGUGCUAUUGAUUUGGAUGAUUUGCGUGCGCUCCACUAAGAAACGUGAUCCCAAGAAGAUGCUUUCGCCAGCUAUGGAUCAAACAGGAUCUCAAGUGAACUUCUAUUAUGGAGCUCAUACGCCGUAUGCGGAAUCUAUUGCUCCUUCACAUCACAGCACGUACGCUCACUACUACGAUGAUGAGGAAGAUGGUUGGGAGAUGCCAAAUUUCUACAAUGAGACCUACAUGAAGGAUGGUUUACAUGGUGGCGGUAAAAUGAGUACCUUGGCUAGAUCGAAUGCUUCUCUGUAUGGCACCAAGGAUGAUCUAUAUGAUCGGCUAAAACGACAUGCCUAUACAGGCAAAAAAGAAAAGAGUGAUAGUGAUAGUGAAGUACAGUAAACACGAUAAAUUAUGAUAUGGCUUUAGUAAUGAAAGAAGUGGAUAUAAAUUGUAUGAAUAUUUUUGGAGUAUUUUUAAAAGGAAGCUAAUUUAAUUAAGAUGAAAUUCAUUACUAAACGCCUACUAUGCUGGGAGCAUCCCAAAGCUCUUUAGGCAUGUACAUACAAAUAACAAAAACAAGAAGAAAUUUGAUAAAAGCUUUAUAUUGAUUUGCUGUAAUUUUGUGUAUAAAAAAAAAACUCAUUGGAAAAUGUAAAAUUGUCUACUCCUUUUUACUAACGACUUUUUUAUUUUGUUUCUUCUUAGCUUUUCAUUAUUUUUUAUUAUUUUAUUGCUUUAUUUUUAAUUUGUCUUUUAUAAUUAAGUAAAAUUAAGUGAAAAUUACUCAGCUUAAUGUAAAGCUUUUAAAAAGCUAUUAAAAAUCACAUUUCGAAAAACAAAUCAAAACAAACAUACACUAUACAAAACAACAACAACAAAAAUGCAAUAUGUUUUAACCAACAAAUUUUAUUUUUUAAUUAAAUAUUAAUUUAAACAAACCAACAAAAAAUAAUUAAUGAAAAAAUAUUUUCUUUAUACUCGUAAAUAUAGAAAUAUAAAUAUUUAAUGUUUUUUUUUUAUAUAAGAGUGCAUGUGCUUCUAGUUCGUAUUGUUUAAUUUAUAGGUAUUUUAUUAUAUUUUUUUUCAAAUUUUGUAAUUUAAUUAUAAACAACAACGACAACAAUUACAACUUAUAAAUGCAUAUUUGUCCUCAAAACAUUAAAGUUACGAACAUUUUAGUCUUUACAAUGAAAAAAAAUAUAUAAAUUAAUUAAAUAUUGUUAGCAUACGUUUUUGUACCAUAACUCAAAAGACUAGUUAUAUAGAAAUUGUUUUUUUUAUAUUAUUCUUUAAUAUAAAUAUAUAUUAUUAUAAACAUAAAUUAAUGCGAUAACUCAUAAUUUCAAUAAUUUUUAAAUCUGACUACUUUCUAAUUGUAUUUAUAAGCAGAAUGCAAUACAAAAUAAAAUAAAACAAAAUAAAAUUUAUUAUUAAAUAAAUAAAUAAAAAAAUAAAUAAAAAUUAAAUAAA